AUGCGGCGUUGUGGUGUUGAUUAUGGCUGUGUACGCCUGUACAGCCCGAUCAUUUUUUUUUCUCACAUUACCACUUCAGGUCAAUCGCAGGCGGUGUCACCUUCAAAUGUCUUCAUAAGUGCCCCAACGCGCUAUGCAAAGUAUUUGCGUAGAGUGAUCAUGGGAUGGAUCGGUGAGAAAUCAAUUAAGCCUGAGCAUAUGGUUCCAUCUUCUUUUCUUCGCCCCGAACUUAGUCACGAGAGCCAGUCAGACUCCGAUUCGGACUUGGACACUCCUAGAGUACUAUCAUCAAAAGGAGACAUAGAUGAGAGAGACAACACCGCAGAGAACAAUAAGAAGGGACUUUGUAUUCAAGGAAAAGCGGAAAGGGCAGGCAGAACUGAGAGCACUCAAAGCAGCAGUGAAGCAGAGGAUAAAAUCCUGGACAACAAACAGUUACAAAAGAUCAGUGAUAACUAGGAAAAAAAAGUCAGCAAAAGUGAAAACAGAAAUGACAAGGCCAGUCAAGAGAAAUACCGUAAUAUUCCUGUUAAGAGAGUGGGUGGAGAGAAAGAUGGAAAAAACAAGGGCGAUCGUGACAGAGCAACUGACGACUAAGGAGUCACUUGUGAUGAGAAGAGAAACUGUGAUGACAGCCCAAAGCAUAGGCCAGGUAGUGGAGAGCAGCAUAGAGGUGAACGAGGAACCGGGAAGUCUCAUCAAUGUCCUGAAUGUGAAUAUUCUUGUGUUAAACUAUCAAACAUGAAGAGACACAUCAACCGAAAACAUACUAGGGCUGUCGGGAAGAGAGCGUUCCAAAGUGGGAAGUGUCUAUGUCUUGAGUGUGGCCAUUGA